UCUGCUAGUUCUGAUCAGAGAUGGGGGGAGCAGGGUACCAGCCACUGGAUCCCCACAACCAGAGGCCAUCCAGCAAACACCACGGCCGUUUCGUCUCCAGACCCGCCUGCGCUUGGCUCGUCCUCGGCGUCCUCUCCAUGGCGCUCCUCCACCUCCUCUGCUGCUCCCCUCCCGGCACCCAGCAGGCGGUGCUCUCCCCUCUGCGCCAGUACAUCAACAACACCUACUCCUUCGUCUCAUCAGUACCGGGAGAAGGACGGAGCUGCAACUACUCCGUGGGGAACUGGGUGUGGGCGCCGGGCCACGCGCGGCGCUACAACGCGACCGAGUGCAACGCCAAGGAGAGCCACGACUGCAUCCGGAACGGGCGGCCCGACACGCGCUACCUCGACUGGCGGUGGCAGCCGGCCGGCGGGUGCCCGCUGCCGGCGUUCGACGGCGGCGCGUUCCUCUCGGCGGUGCACGGCAAGCACGUCGCCUUCAUCGGCGACUCCAUGGCCCGGAACCAAGCCCAGUCCCUCAUCUGCCUCCUCAGCGCCGCGUUCCCGUACCGCCUCCUGCACCGCGACGAGGGGCCCCGGAGCUACAACUUCUGGCGCUACGCGUUCCCGGCGCACGGCGUGAGCGUGUCCUUCUACUGGAACCCGUUCCUCGUCAAGUCCACGGGCAAGUCGGAGGACGAGGCCGUCCGCGAGAACCACGUCCACCUCGACACGCCCGGCGACCGGUGGGGCGCCGACGCCGGCGCGUUCGACGUCGUGGUGCUCGGCGCCGCGCACUGGCUGCUGAACGGCGCCAUCUACUACAACGAGAGCAGGCUGAUCGGCGCCCACGGGUACCCGGAGCUCAACACGACGGGCCUCGGCUACGCGUGGCCGCUCCGCAUGGCGUACCGGACGGCGGUGGAGCGGCUGCGGUCGGACGGCCGGCCGAGGACGGUGGUGCUGGCCACCUUCUCCAUGUCGCACUUCGAGGGCAAGCCCACCGACGACCCCACGGCGUGCACGAGGACGGAGCCGUACAGGGACGGGGAGAAGGACAACGAGUGGGUGUUCAGGGAGGUGAGGGACAUCGUCUACGACGAGGCGGCGGCGGCGAGGGCGAGGGGCGGCGGGAACAGCACGCUGAGGGUCGAGGUGCUGGACGUGUCGAAGCUGGCCUCGCUGCGCCCGGACGGGCACCCCGGGCUGUACAUGCGCCCCAACCCGCUCGCCAACGGCAUGCCGGAGAGGAUGUACUCCGACUGCCUCCACUUCUGCCUGCCAGGGCCGGUCGACACCUUCAACGAGAUACUGCUGCAGAUCCUGAGGAAGAAGCGGUGAUCUCUGGCCGUCGGUUCGUUCCUGCGGUACACUGUUUGUCAUCUCUCUGGCCGUGCUCGUGGCUGCGUGCGUCGUCUAUAAGGAUCGGACCAUAUGAGUGUCAUGUAUACUUGUGCUUGAAAACAAGUUCUUAGAAGAGAUUAAGCUAGCUAAAUCUUGUCCUUAGGAGAUGAUUUAAUUUGUUUGAUAGGAGGAGAUGGUUUAAUGACUGUAUCAUGUUUUGGAGGAGAAAAUGAUUGUCCAAUAU